GUGAAUGGAUUUGUGGCUGCCACGAGACCCACACAACUUAACUCCACCAGUUUUCCGUCCCUUCCAACGGGGUUUGACGUUUUCCAACAAUGGAGACUAUAUAACGCCAACAAUUAUCUGUGAAACGCUCGGUGUCCUCGUCUGAAAACGAACUAGAGGCAACCGUGUGGAAAACGGAAUGUGGCAACCACAGUGUGGCAAAUAAAGAGGGAUGUGCAGCACUGGAGCGGCUGCAAAUCUCGAUUCAGAUAAUGCGGUGGUGCGUGCUGCUCGUGCUUUUGGCGCUUUUGGCCGGCGACCCUAGCGCGGCCGACUCCCCGAUUUGCCCUAUUGUUUGCGUGAAAGAGUUUGCCUCGUACUUUGAGCCACUCAGGUUGAAUGCGUUGGAGGUGCUCACGAAGGAGAUCGACAAGCUGAACAGGACGAUCGCCGCGUGCCGCCGGGACAGCAGCUCGCAGCUGGAGACUAGCGUCAGGACCCUGGUUGAAGCACUCAACGAAGACAGACACUUGGAAAUCGAGCUGCAGCGAGUGAAGAAUGAGAGUGACUUGGAGAAAAGAGAUUUGCAAGCCAGACUCAGCGUUGCACUAACGGAUGCGGCUAAUGCCACGGAGAAGACGAGAACCCUCGUGAGCCAGCUGGAGCAGCUGAGGAAUCAGCCGUGCAACGCGACCAAUGAUGACGAGGAGGAAAUCAAACUGGCCCUGCUCACACUCAACGGGAAGAGUUACUAUUUCGAGUUCAACGCGACAGGAAACUGGACUGAGGCCAAGAAGUUUUGUGAGAAGAACAACAUGCAUUUGGCCACCCUGAUGUCGGAGGCGGAACUCGAGAACCUGAACUCGCACCUCUCAGAUAAAGGAGAAUCCUACACGUACUGGGUGUCCGCGUCCGACGCCAAUCAGCCACUUGGACAGUUUAAGUGGCUCGACGGUACUGACCUGCAGAAGGAAAGCACCCUCUGGGACAAAGAAAGGGGACAGCCAGACAACUUUGGUGACGGCCACCAAACCUGCGUUGGAAUCGGAUCCGAGGGAAGACUCGUGGAUGACCCUUGCGAUUCCCACCAGAACAAACUUUUCAUUUGCGAGCAACGUGUAAACUGACUUUGAUUCUCUCUAAAAGUCAUCAGGAAUAAAUUUCCGUUG